UCGCCGCCGCCGCGCGGCUCCUCUCGGCGGGCUGCGGCUUGGCGGCGGGCGGCGCCUCCGCCAGCCCCGCUCUGCCUGCGCCCCUCAGCCGCGCCGCGCCGCCAGCCAGCCCCCGCGGCCAUGGAGCUCUGCCUGCGGCUGCUCCUGGCCUCCUGCCUCUGCCUCGGGGCGGCCGCCGACUUUGACAGAAGGUGGCCCAGACAAAUAAUCUCCUCCACAGGACUGUGUCGGUUUGGAAGUAGAAUCGACUGCUGCUGGGGCUGGGCCCGUGCAUCCUGGGGGCAAUGCCAACCUAUAUGCCAGCCAGGAUGCAAACAUGGUGAAUGCAUUGGACCAAACAAGUGUAAGUGCCACCCAGGAUACACUGGAAAAACCUGCAACCAAGAUGAGCAACUGUAUACAAGUCUAUCUGAUCGAAACAGUGAACCAUUUCUUUUGCGCAUCCUGAAUCAUCACGCAACAAAUGUACCUUCAAGGGAUCUAAAUGAGUGUGGACUAAAGCCGCGGCCAUGCAAACAUCGAUGCAUGAAUACCUAUGGCAGCUACAAGUGCUAUUGUCUGAAUGGCUACAUGCUCAUGCCAGAUGGAACGUGCUCUAAUGCCCUUACUUGUUCAAUGGCAAACUGUCAGUACGGCUGUGAUGUAUUGAAAGGGGAAAUACGCUGUCGCUGUCCUUCUCCAGGAUUGCAGCUAGGGCCCGAUGGGAGGACCUGCAUAGAUAUUGAUGAAUGUGCUACUGGGAGAGUCAUCUGUCCCCGAUUUAGGCAUUGCAUCAAUACUUUUGGAAGCUACAUUUGCAGAUGUCAUAAAGGCUUUGAUCUAAUGUAUAUUGGAGGCAAAUACCAAUGCCAUGAUAUUGAUGAAUGUUCCCUUGGCCAGCAUCGGUGUGGUACUUUUUCACGAUGUUACAAUACACAAGGAUCCUACAAAUGCAAAUGUAAAGAAGGGUACAGAGACAACGGAACGAACUGCAUACUUAUUCCCAAUGUUAUGAUUGAACCACCUGGCCCAUAUCAUAUAUUCAAGGGCAACAGCACACUCCCUGCGGGAGGUAGUAGUAUAACCAAUAGGAUUCCUGACGUUGGAGGCACAAGGCAAUCCCUCAGACCACCGUAUGUACCUGCUGUUGUUACAGAAAGGCCAGUGGCCCGGCCAACAACUCGACCUGCGCCCAGGCCAACAACUCGACCUGCGCCCAGGCCAACCACCAGGUAUGUGCCCAUGACAGCAAGACCAGUAACAAGGCCAGUGACAAGGCCUCCACCUCCAGCUCAGCCUCGACCUACAACAUUAAGGUCUACACUGCCACCACAAACAACUCCUGUGAUGACAACCGGAGACCCUUCCCAUGUUCUCAUUGAAACUACAUCUUCCCAAGUAACUACAGUUGACAACAGGAUCCAGGUGGAUCCUCAGAAACCCCGAGGAGAUGUAUUCAUUCCACGCCAGCCAGGAGUGAGUAAUAAUCUGUUUGAAAUACUUGAAAUUGAAAGAGGGAUUACUGCUGAUGAGUUUGAAGCAAAUGAUGAUCCAGGUGUGCUGAUACACAGCUGUAAUUUUGAUAGCGGGCUGUGUGGCUGGAUCAAGGACAAAGAUGAUGAUUUGCACUGGGAACCAGUUCAAGAUCCAUCAGGGGGACAGUAUCUUACGGUCUCUGAGCCCAAAGACAAAGACAGACGAGUAGCACAUCUCAUCCUGCCGUUGGGUCACGUGGCUCAGGCUGGGGACUUGUGCCUGUCAUUCAGGCACAAGGUGCCUGCGCUGCAUUCUGGUGCCCUCCACGUCUUCGUGAGGAAAAGCGCUGCUCGCGGACCAGCUGUUUGGGGAAGAAAUGGUGGCCAUGGCUGGAGACAGACGCACUUAACUUUGCGAGGCUCGGGCAUCAAGAGUAUUGUUUUCAGGGGAGAGAAAAGGAAAGGAAGAACUGGGGAUAUUGGACUAGAUGAUGUCACCUUGAAGAGAGGACGCUGCUCUGAAGAACACUAGCAGAGACUGGUCUGGCACAAGUCAUCUCCUGCAGCCCUUCCCAUCCUCUUCCUACCGAGCUUCUUAAACAAAACUGUGUGAAAAAGAAAUAUUUGGAGACAGACAAUUUCUUGAAGUUCUGCUAAGUGCAGUCCCAGUGAAUCUGCACUUAAAGUGAUGAAGAGCACCUACCAGGAUUCAGGAACUCCAGACCAGUGCUAGGUGUUUCUGUCAGUCUUUGCCCCUAAUUGUAUUUUGUGCGUUAAUAACAUUAUCCCCUGUAAUGCCUGUUGAGUGCUCAUACCAAGGAGCACUUGUGAAAAAGGGAGAAUUAAUGCCAAAUGUUGUCAAAAGAAAUCUCCAGCUUAUAAAGUUUUAAUAUUAACAACAUUCACUAUUUUCUCUACUGUAAUAAAACAGUAGUUUUAUUGAUUAUAUUGAUAGACAGUGGAUAGCUAGCUCGGAUUAGCUGAGGCCCGGACCUGAACUCUGGCUAUCUUUCUGCCGUUGACCUUUAAAGAAGGGUUUGCUGCAUAUAGCAUUUAUUUUGGCAUUGUAUCUGCAUUAACAGAAAGCAGUUAUAUAGAGUAGGUACUGCAUCCUGUAGUAUUGCUACUGCUGUGUUUUGUGUAUAUGUGUAUGGUUAUUAACAUAUUUAUGUUUUUAGUAUUUACAGACUUUAGUUGCAAGGUAAAGGGCAGCUGUACUUUCUUAUUGUACAAGGCAGGAGUUCAUCGUACUCUCUGAUCCCACUGGUUGUGCCAAUAGGUACGUUACCAAAGUCAGUUAAUGGUGCUCAUUGAAAAACAUUUCCUGACCGUUCCCCUUUUGCACGAAAUGCUGGUGCAGUUUUUCACAUUACAGUGUGCUGAAGGCAAAAAAAAAAAAAAAGCAAAUCCUCACCUGAUGCAAGCUGGUCAUGCCCUAGAAGGUUGCAUUUCGCUCAGGAGCAAGCCCAGAAGGACUCUCAGUCCUGCAGGCAGCUUCCUCUUCAGUUGAAGGCCGAGCAGCCCGGAGAAGGUGCACGGCGUCUCGUACGACUGCGCCCGUUGGAACUACGAGGACGUUCGUUCCCCUGGGUAGCGCAAGCCGCAGUUUUAUGCUGCCGCUGCCCACCUGAAAAAUGCAAGCAAAAAAGGCAGCUGCGUUAAACCUGUAUGAACAAUUCUGACAAUUAAAUGCGUUGAGUGAUCUUUGUCAAAUGUCCGAAUCCCAUCCAACUGUUUCGUAUACAGUAAACAAACAUUUUUCAGAACUAAAAUAAAUAUUAGCUCUAGCUGGAACUAAAUACUUAGCAGAAUUUUUGACUACAUUUUUAGUUAUGCAUCUUGCAUGUGAUGUGCAGUUUCCCAGGGAAUUUCUCUGUUUGGAUGGGAAUUUUAUAUGAUAAACAUCAUCAUCACUGCUGUCAACAGCUCUAAAUUUGCAAAACUGUAAUGUUUAAGAAAAUGACAAAGAUUGAUAAAAUGUUGUUAGUGGCACAGCCUUAAAGCAUCAAAAAAGGCAUACAUGGAAGAAAAUAGGCCUCAGAUCUUUUAAAUAUGUGCAUGAGAUGUAAAAGUAUUGUAAAUUCAGUAAUAUAGAACUAUCAUUUCAACCCCCCCCCAUAUUAGACCUUACAGAGAGAGAGAAAACUGCAAGACCAUUAGAAGCCCUAUUCCAAAAAGCUGUUUCUGACAAAAUGUUAUUUUAAGAAUUUUUUCCAGUUUGUUUUCUAGGAUACCAUAAGCACAGUAUUUAUAGCAAAUUCACUUGACCAAAUAGAUACCAUUCAGUAAAAGUGCACUGACAAACCUUUUGAAUUGGAAGAAAUAAUUCAUUUGUAAAAUCUUUUAAAACUACUUUGCUUUCCAUAUGAUCGUGGUGUUAUUUUUCUUUUAUGUUAUUUUGCAGUAUUUCAGAAAUAUUUGUGAAUAUUUGAAAUGCCUUAUCGUUAUUUUAAAAUAAUUAAUAAAGGCAGCUGUUACUUCCUACUAA